AUGGGAAACGAAGUAAAUCAAAGCCAAGCGGCGGCUACAGCUCGUGAAUUGAUGAAACAAAAAGAUGCCAUUGAAAACAAAAUUAAAGAAUUUGAGCAAGUUUUAAUCGACAGUUCUGGGUUUCCGCGUGCUGAUAUUGAUCUAAUGACAGUAAGAACAGCUCGUUCACGAAUAAUCGCAUUACAAAAUGAUCAUAAAGACAUUAUGUCUCGUAUAGAAUCUGCACUUCACGAGAUUCAUGCUGAAAACAAAGCAAACCGUCGACUUGAAGAGACUAUCUGUUGGGUUUUUGACCCAAGCCCAUAUUAG